CCGGGGCCUGCGCCGGGCCUGGCGCGAGGGGCGCGGCCCCGGCGGCACAGACAGCGCGGCUGCGGAGCGGGACGCACCAUGUGCGGCAUCUUUGCUUACCUGAACUACCAUGUGCCCCGGACCAGGAGGGAGAUCCUGGAGACGCUCAUCAAGGGGCUGCAGCGCCUGGAGUACCGGGGCUACGACUCUGCAGGUGUGGGGCUGGACGGAGGAAAUGACAAAGACUGGGAGGCCAAUGCUUGCAAAAUCCACAUUAUCAAGCAGACGGGGAAGGUGAAGGCUCUGGAUGAAGAGGUUCACAAGCAGCAGGACAUGGACCUGGACAUCGAGUUUGACGUGCACCUGGGCAUCGCCCACACGCGCUGGGCCACGCACGGGGAGCCCAAACCGGUGAACAGCCACCCGCAGCGCUCCGACAGGAACAACGAGUUCAUUGUCAUCCACAAUGGCAUCAUCACCAACUACAAGGACCUGAAGAAAUUCCUGGAGAGCAAGGGCUACGAGUUCGAGUCGGAGACGGACACGGAGAGCAUCGUCAAGCUGGUCAAGUACAUGUACGACAACCGCGACAGCGACGACAUCAGCUUCUCCACGCUGGUGGAGAGGGUCAUCCAGCAGCUGGAAGGGGCUUUUGCCCUUGUGUUCAAGAGUGUUCAUUACCCUGGGCAGGCAGUCGGUACCAGGAGAGGCAGCCCCCUGCUCAUCGGUGUGCGCAGCGAGCACAAACUGUCCACAGACCACAUCCCCAUCCUCUACAGGACAGGGAAGGACAAGAAGGGGAGCUGCAACCUGUCCCGAGUGGACAGCACCACCUGCCUCUUCCCCGUGGAGGAGAAAGCUGUGGAAUAUUACUUUGCUUCUGAUGCCAGCGCUGUCAUCGAGCACACCAACCGCGUGAUCUUCCUGGAGGACGACGACGUGGCGGCCGUGGUGGACGGCCGUCUGUCCAUCCACCGCGUCAAGCGCACGGCCGGCGACCACCCGGGCCGGGCCGUGCAGACUCUGCAGAUGGAGCUGCAGCAGAUCAUGAAGGGUAACUUCAGCUCGUUCAUGCAGAAGGAAAUAUUUGAGCAGCCAGAGUCUGUUGUUAACACCAUGAGAGGAAGGGUCAACUUUGAUGACUACACAGUGAACCUGGGGGGGCUCAAGGAUCACAUCAAGGAGAUCCAGAGGUGUCGGCGUCUGAUCCUCAUCGCCUGUGGCACCAGCUACCACGCAGGAGUGGCAACCCGCCAGGUGCUGGAGGAGCUGACUGAGUUACCUGUCAUGGUGGAGCUGGCCAGUGACUUCCUGGACAGGAACACCCCCGUGUUCAGGGAUGAUGUCUGCUUCUUCCUCAGCCAGUCAGGGGAGACUGCAGACACGCUGAUGUGCCUGAGGUACUGCAAGGAGAGGGGAGCCCUGACCGUGGGCAUCACCAACACCGUGGGCAGCUCCAUCUCCCGCGAGACCGACUGCGGGGUGCACAUCAACGCGGGCCCCGAGAUCGGCGUGGCCAGCACCAAGGCCUACACCAGCCAGUUCGUGUCCCUGGUGAUGUUUGCCCUGAUGAUGUGUGACGACAGGAUCUCCAUGCAGGAGCGGCGCAAGGAGAUCAUGAGGGGGCUGAAGGGGCUGCCAGACCUGAUCAAAGAGGUGCUGAGCAUGGAUGAUGAGAUCCAGAAGCUGGCCACGGAGCUGUACCACCAGAAGUCUGUGCUCAUCAUGGGACGGGGCUACCACUAUGCCACGUGUCUGGAGGGAGCCUUGAAAAUCAAAGAAAUCACCUACAUGCACUCGGAGGGGAUCCUGGCUGGGGAGCUGAAGCACGGCCCGCUGGCCCUGGUGGACAAGCUGAUGCCUGUGAUCAUGAUCAUCAUGAGAGACCACACGUAUGCCAAGUGCCAGAACGCCCUGCAGCAGGUCAUUGCACGGCAGGGCCGGCCCGUGGUGAUCUGUGACAAGGAGGACAUCGAGACCAUCAAGAACAACAAGAGGACGAUCAAAGUGCCCCACUCGGUGGAUUGCCUGCAGGGCAUCCUGAGCGUCAUCCCCCUGCAGCUGCUGGCCUUCCACCUGGCCGUGCUCCGGGGCUACGAUGUUGAUUUUCCAAGAAAUCUGGCCAAGUCCGUAACUGUAGAGUGAAAGAUCAUCUGAAUCAUAGGGGCAAAGGGGAAUUAAAUGAAAGACUUUUUUUGGUACCAAAAUAACUCGAUUUUAAAGCCCCCUAGGUAAAUCUUAUUUUGGUAAAUCGCUGUUUGUGUACAAGAUCACCACAAUUCCAUUGCAUUAGUGAUUGUCCAGUUGAUUCCACGUGCUACAUCAAUAGCUCUGGGUUUUAUUUUUGAUCAGUAGACUUCCAUGAAAGGUGUUAAAUGGUUUUUCCUUAAAGAUUGCUGAGUCCUCUAGGUGAGGGGUUACUCUGAGCUGCUGUCACUGUCCCUUGGCAGCGUGGCUCAGCCCAGCCACUGCUGGGAGAGCUCUGAAGGAAUUCUCAGUGCCCUCAGGACAGCAGGACACACAGCUGGAACAGGAGCCCGGGCAGGGAUUUCACCAGUGAAGGGAACUGCAGGCAAACCUUUGGGGUGAGCUCUGCCCCAGGAGGGGAUUCAGCUGAGCUGGCGCAGCCAGGGAGCUGCUGCUGCUCCACAGGGGUUUUAUCCAUGCCAAAUCCAGGGCAGGUGACAAUCCUGGGGCCAGGGGGACCCAGCAGGGCCAGGCUCAGGGCACAGGGGUGGCAGGGCUGGCUCUGAGCUGCUGCUGCUGCUGCUGCUGCUGCUUGGGGCUGUUAAAACAAGGGGAGCUUUUGCUGUGCUGAGGAUUUCCCCUGGAACUGAGAGCACACCUGGGUGUGACAGAUCUGAGUGUGACAGAUCUGAGUGUGACACACCUGGGUGUGACACACCUGAGUGUGACAGAUCUGAGUGUGACACACCUGAGGGACCCAGCUCUGUGACACACCUGGGUGUGACACACCUGGGUGUGACAGGUCUGAGUGUGACAGGUCUGAGUGUGACAGGUCUGAGUGUGACACACCUGAGGGACCCAGCUCUGUGACACACCUGGGUGUGACACACCUGAGUGUGACACACCUGAGUGUGACACACCUGAGGGACCCAGCUCUGUGACACACCUGGAUGUGACACACCUGGAUGUGACACACCUGAGUGUGACACACCUGAGGGACCCAGCUCUGUGACACACCUGAAGGGGAUAAAAAGGCUCCAUAAACACGGCAGAAAUAACCUUUGAAAGUUACCUUGGUAAUUAAGGAAUUACCUAAAGAAAUUACCUUGGUAAUAUUUCCGUGACGAGCUUGAAGAGGAUCAAAAAUGACACAGAAAAUAAUACUCAAAAUGACACAGAAAAUAGUCAAAAUGACACAGAAAAUAAUACUCAGAAUGACGCAGAAAAUACACCUUCAGGACUGAAACCCUGACUUUUUCAGAGUCACCAAAGGGCAGUUCUUAUGUGUUUCCUAGUGUGGGAAGGUGAAUUUCCUCCCACCUUGCUGGGAUUUGAAUUGGCUUUCCACAGGCACUGUCAGAGCAUCCCACAAGGUAGAAAGCAGUGCUGGGGAAUAUUCCAGGUGGUUUACUGCCCUGAGAAAUGCCUUUGGCAAAUGGGGAGUGCCCAGUUCCCCUGGCACAGGGGGUGUUCCCAAAGACUCGGUGGAAUUCUGUGUUUUAUAAACCCCCAGGGACCCUCAGGUCAGUGCCAGCGCAAGGCCCAGAGGAAUUUAAAUUAAUGAAAUGAAAUGCUGAGUGCCUGGAAAAGCUCCUCAGAGCCAGUGCCUGUGUUUAUUAACCUGUCCCAUCUGUUGGUCUGGGGGCGCAUCGUGCUGCCAGCGUCCGUUUGAGAGCAAAAAGUGGAAAUUGCUGCGUUUUGGUUCAGCAGAAGCUCCGUGUGAGGCACCUCCUCCUCCUCUUCCUCCUCCUCCUCCUCCUCAGCUUGUUUGAAAGCCCUGCAGGGCCGGCUCCAGGCUGGGCUGCCCCGGAUGGAGGGGAAAACAAAUUGUGCAGUGCUUACAGGUGGGAGGGAGCUGCUCUUCCUCCUCCUCCUCCUCCUCCUCCUCAGCUUGUUUGAAAGCCCUGCAGGGCCGGCUCCAGCCUGGGCUGCCCCUGUUCCCCCUGGCCCAGGGAUGUGCAGUGCCCCGUCCUUUGCUCUCAGAACAGCACCUGUUAAUUAAUAUUAAUUAAAUGUUAAUUAAUAGAUACUCGUUAGAAUCCCCACGAGGGGAUGAUGUAAGGCCCCUUUUCGUCCCCCUGGCACAGAGCAGGGGGCGGCCAGCCCUGGGAGUUUUGGUGCAGCAGUUUCAGUGCCAGCUCGGGGAGAGCCAGAGAGGACCAAAGAGCUGAGCUGGGGGUGUGCAGCGGGGCCGUGGGUUUGUGCUGAGCCCCAGCAGCCCCAGCUCCCUGCCCCGAGGGCCCAGAUCUGCCAAAGCAGGGAUGCUCCGCAGCUCCCCUGAGCGGAAUCGCCCUGCUGGGAGCUGUCAGCGCCUCGUUGUUGUUGGUGGUGAAGUGGGAAUGUACAAAGGACUCUUUCUGCCUUUCCUUACCUCAUUCUGUCCCCGUGUUGCAUUUCUGAACAGAUGAUGUUCCUCUUCCCCUUAGAAAAACUUUUAGGAUGUCUCGUGGUAUUUAUUAACAGCCAGUCAGUCUUCUGCUCUCCCAAAUGAAUGUUUUGCUUACUGAGCCAGUGAAAUUCUCUCCUUCCUCACUGAGGUGUUGAAAAAUUCAGUAGCCCUGUCUCUAAAAUCGAGCCACAGGUAAACACAAACCUUCACUUUGCCACCUGGAGCUCCUGCCCGCCGUGCUCACGGAUUAUUCUGGUGUCAGCAGCUCUGCACGGGCUCGGAGGGAAGCCCUGAGCUCCUGGGGGGGUUUUAAUGCCCAAAAAACUCAGCAAAUUCCCAAAAAACUCAGCAACUUCCCAAAAAACUCAGCAAAUGCCCAAAAAACUCAGCAACUUCCCAAAGCUCAGCAAAUCCCCCCAAGCUCAGCACACCUUUCUGCCCCGCAGUUCUCACACCGAUUCCACGCUCCAGUCAAGCUGCCCAUGGAAUUUGCUGCAGCCAGAAAGGUUUUUUGGUUUUUCCCCCCGGGCUGUGCUGCAGAAGGGCUGUGGGCAGUUUUUUGUCCCCGGAUUUUGUGUGCAGAGCCCAUCAGUGCCCGGGGCUGGGCAGGGCAGCUCCUGCUGCCCCCAGAGCUGCCUGGACAGCCCGUGCUGAGAGAGCCACAGCAGCAGAGGAGUGACAUUGCCACAAUUGCAGACUCUGGUGAGGAAGGCUUCUCCCCAGCCUCCCUUUUAAAUGAAACCUACCCUCUGCAGCCAUUCCUGCCUCUCUAGGAAGGAAGAAAAAAACAAAUCCAGUUUUUCUGCACCUGAACAGCCAGUUUGAUCCUGAUUUUGAAUUCCAAACGUUGCAACUUCAGUUUCCAAGCCACCGAGGUCUUAUGCAAGUGAAGAUUAUCAUUUUAUUUAAGCAACAAGACAAAGGGCAGCGAGUUUUAGUGCAGUAAAAUCAUUAAUGAGGAAAUCAUUUUGACAGCAGCUGGGCUGAUUUGGGAACUCUGCUCUGCUCAUUGCAGUGCAGCCACUGCCAGGGAUCCACAGUUGGAUGGGUGGAAGGAGGGGAUGAAAUUAAUUAGCUCAAGCAGCAGGUCAGUGUUUAGCUGUGGCUGAUUUUAGACCCUACCUGAAUGUACCAAACUUGCCUCAAAGCAUGGAGUCCCUCCUCUUCACCAGGACAGGAAGAAGAAGAACCAGAAGUAUUUGGGUUGGCAAAAAAAAAAAAAAAAAAAAAAAAAAAAGGAAAGAAAACUUUAUUUGCCUUCAAUUCAGUUUCUGUAAAUAGAGAUUUGAGUGGCAAACCCACAUUUCUCCCGUGUAGAUUCUGUGCUGUACAUAUCCAGCUGGCUGGGGCUGUGGGACCAGACUGUGUUUGUCGUGUGCUGUAGGAGAUGUCUUACUCUGUCUGUAGUGUUUAUUAUCAUUUGGGUUUUGUCUCUUUGCUUACUUUUUUUGUAUCUCACCCUUUGAAUAAAAUCAAGUGCCCUACAUUAAGCAAA